AUGUCAAUACGACAACAACCAGAAACUCUCACUGAUUUACUAGCUGUGAAUCCAUUAUUACAUCUCAUACCAAAACAAGCAUUAAUUCCAUUACUUAACAAUCCACAAAUUGGAGUAAUUGCAGAUGAAUCAAAAUUUAAAAAACAGAAACUGCAAGAACCUAUUAAUUCUGAAUCAAUGGAAUCAGAAAUUGGAGAAGAAUUAUUCAAAGAAGAUGAAUAUAUAGAUGGUUUGAUGACUCAACUUAAAUAUCAGAAAUAUAAGAAAACAGAUCAAGAAAUUUUAGUAGAUAUUAAAUUAUCAACUUUUGAAUUAAAACAAUUAGAACAAUUGAAUAUUAAUGGUGAAAUUAUACCUAAUGAUGAUACCCUUGCAAAUACUUCUCGAUUAUCAGUUAGGAAGAAAUAUGAUAAUUUUGACUCACAAUCUCAUAAUGAAAAAUAUAUUAAAAAAUUUAAUAAUCAAUUACAAAUAUAUAAUGAACAAAAACAAGAGACAAAUGGGAUUAAAAGAGCCAACGAAGAUGAGAAUGGAAGUACUCAACGUAAAUUAGUUAAAUAUUCCGAAGGUGAUUUGAAAAAUUUUGCCCUGCAAUUUUUAACUGAAUUGGCAGAAUAUGAAACUGAAAAAUCAUUAACUUAUGAGGAAUCAGAAAAAGUUUUAGAUGUUGUAAAUAAAGUUGCAAAUAAGGAAACUAAUGUCGAUCAUUUAGUAUCUGUUGAACGACGAUGUUUUAAAUCAAUUUGUGAUUUUCUUGAAAAAGAUGCGAAUAUAAAUACUAUAAAUGAUUUAAAAACAUAUUCAAAUGAAAUUUUGGGAGGUAUAUAUGGAGUUAGGUCAAUAUUGACAAUUAUGAAUAAUUUCCCCGAUAAUAAACAAAUAUUAGUUGGUGAAUAUGUUAAUAUAAUUGGUAAAUUUAUUGAAUUUACAAUUAAUUUAAUUUUAAAUAUGGCUGGAAUACCAAAUUUUGAAAUAGAUAAUGACGUGAAAUUGUUAACCACUAAAUUAUCUGAAAUUGGAUUAAUAUUUAAACAAUUGGCAAAAUUACAUUUAAAGUUACCAUUAGAUGAUGCAAUAUUAAAUAAGAUGGAAAUGGUAUUAAUUCAAUUUAUAUUUGAUGAAAAAUUAAAUGAAGAAAAGACGAUAAUUGAAUUGGUCCCAAUUGAUGCUAUAAAAAUUUCAAGUGCUUAUUUUUUGAUUGAAAUUGCAAGAUCUACUAAUACUGAACAACGAGAUUUUCUUAUAAUUGAAACUAUAAUGAAUUUUAAUAAAUUAUCAACGAAGAGAAGUAUAUUUAGGAAAUUUAAAAUUGAUAGAGGGUUCAGUAUUCAAUUGUUUACUUUGUUGCUUGUUAAAUUAAUUGAAAAUAGUAAGAAUAAAUCAGAAGCUAUUAAAUUGGCUGAUACAGUAACUAAAACUAUAAUUGAGAAAAUAGAUAAUGCCCAUCCAAAAACUAUAUUAGAUCAUUUCAUUGAUGACUUAUUUUUACUAUUACCAUAUCCAGAAUGGUCAUGUUCCGAAACUAUAUUAUAUUCAUUUACUCAGAUUUUAACAAAUUCAUUAUCUAACAUUAAUGAAAAAUUAAAUCAAGAAAUUUACUACCUUGAUACAUUAGGAUCAAUAGCAGAAAGAGUAUUAUCUUUUAAUUAUGAUAAGGAAAAUUUAUCUAAAGAUGAUGAGAGGGAGAUUAUUGCUGAAUGUGUUCAUUUUCAACUGAGUAAUGCUUUACAAUUUUUAAUUAAUAAUUAUAUUCGAUUUGACAUGAAAGAUGAAUUGAAAUAUGAAAAAUCAAAUCCAAAAUAUUUAAAUAUAAUCUUAAACAGGCUAGAUUCAUUCACUCAAUCAUUUAUUUCAAAUAUUGAUAAAUAUUUAAAAAGCUCAAAAGUAAAAGUUAAAACUAAAGCUGUUAAAAUAUUAGCAUCUUUAUCUGAUAAAAAACCAGAUAUACUUACUUCCAGACCAAUUCAAGAAAUAUUAUCAAAUCGUAUUUUAGAUGAUGCUACUUCUGUUAGAGAUGCAGUUUAUGAAUUUAUUGGGAAAUAUAUUGUAACCCAUCCAAAUGAAGCUAAUAAUUUUUUUUAUCCAAUAAGUAAUGCAUUAAGUGAUGAUGGUAUACUGGUUAGAAAAAAAUCAAUAAAAUUAUCAAAAGAAAUAUAUCCAUUAUUGAAUGAACAAGGUAGAAUUACUAUUGGAAGUAAAUUAUUAAGAAGAUUAGAUGAUGAAGAAGAUUCAAUUAAAAAUGAAGCAAUUCAAGUAAUGAUAGAUAUUUGGAUACUUGAACCAUCACCUGAUUUAAUAUCAAUUGCAAUGUCAAGUUCAAAAAAUUUAGCAUAUUUAAAAUUAUUUCUUCAAUUUCAUGUAUUAAAUGUUGAAAAUUGUCAAACAGCACUUGAAUCAUUAAUUGAUUUAUUGCAGGAUUUUAAUGAAGGUUCAUUAUUAUUACUUUCAAUUAUUUCUGAAUUUAAAUCAUCAUUAUUUGGACAAGAGGAAUUAAUUGCAUUAAAACAAUUUAUAUUAGAUGAGACCAACAUAUCUUCAAAAUCGUAUGUUUAUGCAUUAACUAUUUUAAAUCAUUGUACUAAAGAUUUACCACCAUUACGACCUGAAUUUAUAACUGUUUUAGAUUUUUUAUUACAAAAGCUGACUAAAUUAUCAAUUAAACAAUUACAUCAAGCGAUACCUGCAUUAUGGCAAUUAUGUAAUAUUUUCAAUGUUCAAUUAAAAUUGAUUAAUGCUGUGAUUUUAACUAUGAAAUUAAUUAGAAAAGCAAUUGAAACUAAUAAUAAUGAUAGAAUGAUGGUUUUAUUAAAAUUAUUAUCAUGUUUUUCAAAAUAUUGUGAUUUACAAAAAUAUCAUCAAGAAUUUUUAAAUCAAGGGUUUUUAUCAAUGAAACCAAAUGAAUCAAUAAUCUCCCUUGUCGUUAGACAUAUCUUGACUUUUCUAUUAAAAGAUGAUCAAUAUAAUAAGAAAAUAAUUGCAAUUGCUUCAGCAUCUUUGAUAACUGCUUGUUCAAACAAUACUAGAAUGCUAAUGGCCGCUCCAGUUUUACAAAUUUUUGAUAAACAAUUUAAAGUUGGUGAUGCUACAGUUGUAAAAUCCUUAAUUCAAUCUUUUAUAGAGUUUAUUAAAGAGAAAGAUGAUGAAAUAGUAAAUAGAACUGAAGCUGGUGGUUUUAAUUCAUCAAAUACAACCGAUGGUGUUGGUGCUAAUUUAGUACAACGUUAUCUUGAUGUAAUUUUAAAAUUAUGUCUUGUUGAUAAGGGUGAGUAUUCAUAUUUGCCUUUCCAAUUUAUUGAAUUGGCUAUUGAAUACGGGUAUGCAAAUCCCAAAUUAGUUGUACCAACUAUUUUAGCAUUGCAAGCUUCUUCAGUUAAUAUCAUUCAAUCAACUGCUCAUAAAAUUCAUAAAUCUUUGUUUAUGAAUCAAAAGGCAUUAAUUGAACUGAAUUACCAAGAAGGAAUUCAAUUAGCGUUUCAAUAUAAAUUGGAAAAAUUAGAUUUUUUAAAUGUGGUAUAUCAAGUAAUUAAUUCAAAUAAAUCAUCAAGAUUAAAAUUUUUACAAGCAAUUUUAAAAUCAAUUGAUAUUUCAAAUGACUUCAUGUUUAAUUUAUUCAUUAUUAAGAGAAUCUAUUUUAUUAAUUUUAGAUCACUAGAAGAUAUAUAUAUAAUGUUGGUUUUUUUCCAACAAUUAAUUCGAUCAGAAAUUAAUGAUUUUGUUGAAGAACUUGAAUUAAAAAAAAACCAACCUGAAAUUAAAGAUUUGUCCUUUUCAGCUUAUUUGGUGGUAGAUUUGUUUAAAUAUUUUACUAACGUAUAUAGAAUUACUAGUGAAGAUAUUGAUGCUUAUAAUUCAAAAUGUAUAGAUAUUGACUUCAACACGAGUGCCAAGCAGUUGAAAGCUUGCGAGAUGAAUGUCACUUGGAUUGAAGAAAAUAUGGGCAAUGAUGAUAUUGUUUUAAAGUGUUUGAAAUUUAUUAAAGAGAAUAUAAAUUAA